AUGGAGAAUUUACCAGAGUCACCAUUUUCGAAAUCCACAUUCACAUCAUCGUUAUCAUCGCUAUCGUUAUGCAACAUUUCUUCUUCUCCUUCUUCUAAUGUAGAUACACAACAAAAUUCUCUUGAUUUAGAUGCUCUCACUCCAAAUCAGUUGGUGCUAUUACUCCAUGAUGGUAAUCUUCGUGAAGAUGUCAUGUAUCAACUCAUCAAGAAGCGAGAUACAUGUGAAGAUCUAGCUCUGCUACUGUGGAACACCUUCAAUGCAGUUUACAUGCUUUUGCUGGAAGUCAUAUCAGUGUAUUGGAAGUUGUCGCCCUCAAUGCUAUCUAUGAAGGAGUCAACUCGAGCGUGUAAUGCUCUUGCUUUGUUUCAGGUUUUGGCCAAAAACUCAGAAACAAGAGAGGAGCUUAUAGAAGCUAAAAUACCAUGUUAUUUGUAUCCAUUUCUCAAGGCUAGUGGAGAUGACAAGCCUUUGGAGUAUUUGAGGCUCACCAGCUUGGGUGUUCUCGGUUCCCUAGCAAAGUUUGAUGAUCCAAAUGGAUCAAAGGUCCUUCAUUUUUUCAUGGAAACGGAAGUGGUUCCUUUGUGCCUUGCGUGCAUGGAUCUAUGUGAUGAACUGUCACAGAAGGUUGCAACCCUCAUAGUUAUGAAAAUUCUGAUGCAAGAGAAAGGAAUGACCUAUUGUUGUGCUACUCCUGAACGCUUCUUCUCGAUAGUACAGGUCUUGUACCGAGUGGUACAAAAACUUACUGAACAACCUUGUUUGCUGCAUCUAAUGUAUGUGGUACAAUGUUAUCUAAGUCUUUCAGAAGUAUUAAAGUUCAUCAGGCCAUGUGAUGCAUUCAAAAGACAAGUUCCUCCUCAGCUAUUUGACAAUACCUUUAAGGACAUUCUUUGUGACGACCACGAAACUUCAUGGAUGUUGCAGCUGCUACAUUUCAAUAUUUAUGGAUGUUUAUCUUCUGCCGAUUGAAGACGACAGUAACAAGAUUGCAAUGCAGGAAAAUAAUUUCAAAGGUUAACUAGGAGAAGAAGUGAACUUGUUCGGUAGGAAAAGACAACAAACAAUGACCUGAGUAGCUUUUAAGUUUAACUUUCAAACUGUUGAAAUUGAUGCUUUUGCUUUGUUGUGUACUGCAUUAUAGCU